AUGACAGCUGCAGACGCAAAGAUCAAGCUUCAUUGGCUCAAUGGCUCCCGCGCACAGGCGAUCCUGUGGCUAUUGGAGGAGCUCGAAGUCCCUUACGAGCUCGAGGUAUAUCAUCGUCAACCCAAUUUCCUUGCGCCGCCAGAGCUCGAGAAAAUCCAUCCUCUGGGCAAGUCGCCCCUGAUAACUAUCACAACCAGCGAUGGCGACUCCAAGGUGCUGGCAGAGAGCGGCUUUAUCAUGCAGUACUUGUGCGAACACUUCGGGAAGGGCAAGAGCCUCGUCCCGAAGCGCUGGAAGGAUGGCCAGGAAGGGCAACUCGGCGGCGAAACAGAAGAGUGGAUGCGAUUCCAGUAUACCCUCUACUAUAGCGAGGGUAGUUUCAUGCCCUACGCCUGGCUGCACCUGAUCCUGUCAACGAUUAAGGGCCCUGCCGUACCCUUUUUCGUUAGACCCAUCUCGGCCAUGAUUUCCAACAAGGUCAGCAGCAUGCUGGUUUACCCCAACAUCAAGAGGCAUUUCACCUUCCUCGAGCGUCAGCUGGAGACCUCUCCCAACGGCGGCAAUUACCUCGCCGGGGAGCACCUCACCGCCGCGGACAUCAUCAUGAGCUACCCCCUGAUUGCCGGGAAGAAUUCUUUCAACGGGAUGGGCCAGUGGGAGAAGGGCACCAUACAGGAGACGUACCCCAAGGCGUUUGCAUACAUCUCGCGUCUGGAGAAUGAGCCUGGCUGGACUAGAUCGGCGGACAAGAUUCGCGAGAUCGACGGGAAAUUCAGCGUCUCCCCCCGCGACGAUAUUUGA